AAGAAAGUUAAAACUAAACGAAUCUACAAAAUAAGCACGAGUGAAUGCAUGCCGAUUGAUGCGCGUUUUUUUCUGUUUCUGAGUGAAAUAUUGCAUUAAAUGUAAAUAAAACUAAUAAAAGAAGACAUAAAAAUGCCUAUAAACCCUAUAAACGAAUUAAAAAGAAGAUUGGUUGACGACACGACACCUUUGCCAAAGAGGUUAUGUCUUGCGAAAAACGUCAUCAUUUCCCACCAUUUCCCAACGACCGCGAAGGAACGCUUAGUGGCCGAGUGGCUUCAAACACUGACAGACGAAAAUAAGCUCUCCGGCGAAGAAUUAAGGAAUGUUAUCGGCUGGCUGAGUGGGGAUUUGACAAGGGAACUGAAGGUGAAGUUAGUUCAGGUGGUAUCGAAAUAUCUACAAAGAAAUCCGAUUCAAAAAGAUGACGUUCAAAGUAUACUAUCAUUCUUAGAUAAUGUACAGAUUUCUUCACAACUAAGCAUACAAGUGGAUGAUUAUCUUUACAUCACUGUAACACUACUACAGUACUUGAGAAGCGAAGAAAACUCCAAUUUCGAACUAAGUGACAAAAUUCUCAACAAUAUUAUCAAAUAUUACAAAGAUUCCAAGAAAAAAUACGAAUUUAUCAUCAAAUUUUUAAAUGGAAACAAUAUAGAGACUAUAUUUGAUUAUUUAAACACGCGCAUUCGUAAUACGGUCAUAGUAUUAUGUGGAAAUAUACUAUUUCCUUCAAAUAAGAAAUCUUUUUUCAUAACACUCCUUAAAACUUACAUAAGAACGGAUAAUAUUGAUAGUUUGAUUGCCGAAAAGGGGGACAAUAUACAAUCGGUGUUAAAAAUUAUGAAUCUACUUUUCGCUUUUCCUAAAGGAAGAACUAAUAAUGAUCCCAAAUAUCUAAAAGAUUUUAUAGAUAUGUUCGUUAGUUGUUUUAAAAAGGAAAGUCAAUUAAUAUUCGCCUUUUAUAUAAUGGUUUGUCAUAGCUUACAAAUGGAUCAACAUUAUUUGAUACCAACUACUGUUAUGACUCCGAUACAUUUUGAUGAAAACACUGAGAAAGUUAAGAGAUAUUUGUUUUUAAACAUGUUGGAGAUAUUGGUGAACAAUGAAAUUAAUAUAGAUAUAAGAUUAACUGAUACAUUGGGCGAAAAGAUAUCAAAAGUUGAAACAAAAAAGACUUUUCUUUUAUUUCUACAAGCGACCAUGAUGGGACAGUUAAAAUUGGAGGGAAAACCUGACAAAACUACCAUACAGAUUAUACAUACAGCUUUACAAUUAGACCCUACGUUAGUCGAGAACAAAAUUAAAGAAAUUCUACCACCAAUAAUGUCGGCAAAGAAAAAUAAUAACGUAAUGGAAAGUUACAUAAAAAUGGUGAAUUUUUUAUUGGAUAUAUUUUUUAAAUUGAGCAGAGGUAUUCCAUUUUUGAAUAAAAUUCUACCAUUGAUAAAAUUGGAUUUGGAAGCGAGCAACACUGAGCAAUUUGAAUUAAGAACGAAGGUAAAGGAACUGGCUGGUGAUAGCAAAGAUUAUGAGAAGACAAAUAAUAAAUUGAUCACAUGGAAAGAUAUAUUUCCUGUAGAAUGUGUAGAAAUGUAUGGAAAACUAACUGCAGAUCUAAUGUUUCGACAAAAUAAAGAAUUAUUAUUUUUACUGCAGAAAGAUUUUCAGGAUUAUUGCUUGGAGCCACUGGAAGACGAAGUUUUAAAUCCGUCAACGUUAGUCUUGACAGAUCUAUUGGCGGCCAUUUUGUCGACGUUCCUUCACUACAACAAAAUGGCUGACCACACCGUGCCUCUGAACAUUGCUGAAGAGUUUUGGGCGUCAUUCGAAGAUUUCGAAGGUGUAUUGAAGAGGUUUGGCGAUUGUGUUGUGAAACACAGUUAUGAACCAUGUUUACUUCUCUCAUUUCUAAAACUUUCCUACAAUUUCUCCCAAUUAAAACUACUAAAUAUUACGUAUAGCAACACCAAAGUGAACUUGCCUGAGGUGAGCAACACUGAAGUGUUUGAUUUUAAUUUGUUACUUCCGUUUUUUGAUGGAGAACAAUGGAGGAAUAUUUGCUCUUCAGUGAAUGAUGCUGAAGCUGUUGAAAUAUUGGAUAAAUUGGUGCUCACUAAAAUAAAAGCGACAGAAAUACUUAGCGAAACCAUUGACGUUGAAUAUAUAGUGUCUGCUAAAAUCCAUCUAAUAAAACAAAUAGCAACGAAACCGCAGAGCUUAAAUAUUGCUAAAAAUUACUUAAACAAUGUACUAUUUUACAAUUUAGACAAGAAUCUGCUAAAACAACUGUCAAAAUGUUUAGUCAAACUUUAUUUGAGCAAUCCAGACGAAAGUCUGUUUAAAAAUGAUACUAUUAUCUAUAACAGGGAUGUUCUAAAUGCACUUGUGUUGGAAACUUGUAGAAAUAUCACUAAAUGCUUAGUAAAUACAGAUGAAUUAACUAAAUCUUUAAGUAAACUUGAUUUUGAUUUAGCCGAAUUUGCUAAAGAACGUGAUAUGAAGGAUUAUUUUGAAAAUAUUUCAAAAAAUGACGACGAUUCUACUAUAACUAAUUGUGUUGAGAUCCUAAAGCAACUGCAAAUCUACUAUUUGGAGGAAAAAUACCAAUUAGUGGCAAUAUUUGUGUUGCUAUCCUUGAAGAAGUGUUGCCAGAAAAAAAUUAGACGGAAUAUUGAUAAUAUAUUGCACAAUAUAUUCGAAUUGAGUUCGCAAGCUCCAGAUCUAUAUAAAAUAUUUCCAAUACAAUACAUAUUUUCAUUCGAAGACAAAACACUAUUAAAUUUGUUGACGUUAAAGAAUAAAACUUCAAAUCAUUCGCUUAUAAUUAAAAGCAUUUUGGAAUCUGCAGUGAAAAGGGUUCGCUCGGAUAGUAGCUUGGUUAUAAAUAUUGUUGAAUUGUUAUUGCAAAACCACGAUUUAAAUGGAAAUAAAGCUGCGAAUAUAGAAUACUUCAGCGACACAGCUUUUCAAAUCAGUUGCAUUAUACUACCGUUGAUUGCCAAGCAAAAAAAGGUCUUAACGUCAAGCGCGUACAGAUCAGUUUUGGCAGAUCUACAAGAGAAAUUGCACAAAUCUAUGUUAGAAGCAUUUAAAAAUAUCAAUUUUAAAGAUAGUAGUUUAUUGAAUGAGAGCACUGGCAAUGUCGACGAAAGCAUGGUAGUUUCUGAGAGUGAAAUGGCAAUACUGAAUGCAAUGGCAGCGUAUUCGCUGACUUUAUCAAAAUAUUGUGAAACAACGGAUGGUGAAGAAAUAAAAAAAUUAGAUUGUCUAUGGUCAGGAUUGGAAUACUUUGUACAAAACGCUAUCCAUUCGAUACAAAAACCGGAAACUAAACCUCAACAUCUCGAAACAUCGAUACAACUUUUGAACAUAACACUGCGUCACUUAAAAAAACUCGAAUCACACUACAUCUUCGAAACUAAAGACAAAGUCCUUCUACAAAUAUGGCAGAGCUUGAAGUCUAGAUUGUUUAUGGUGCAGGAGAGUGGUAACAAGUGCUGUUUGGAAGAUAUAGGCGUGACCGUUAAGUUUUUAUGCGAACAUAGUGAUGUGGAUUGUUUUGUUAAUAAUUUUGUUGGUGAUUUGACAAAUUUGACUGUUUUAGAGAAACCACAAAUAAAGAAGAAGGAAGAUAUCCACAAAAUUCCUACUUCGCUCAAAGUGUCCCAAUAUCUAUGGUCCAAUUGUCUUAAAGCUAACAUUACUGGGCCAAAAUGCGUGUCAAUGGCGAAAUCAAUCUACCAAACGUGCAAAAGCGCCAAAACUUUCAUAUGGCAACACUAUGAAAACUACCAAUAUGGCGUCGUGAUUAGGCGGAAGAAAAAGAAAAUGGCGGCCGAAUUGAAAGACCAAGAGGAAGUUAGUGUAGUGAAAAUUGAUGAUUAUACUUGUGGAUUGGUUAAAGUGUAUUUGGAUAUAUUAAUGGAAGGAAUAUUGGCUGCUAAAAAGAUCACCCUUGACUACAAAUUCCUUGACACCAUAUUUGAGCUCCAACAUCAGCUGCACGUGAUUUUGGGCUUUAACACUAACAUUGUAAUGUGCGAGGUCUCUUGGCAGGCGUUCUUCAGACUAUGUCAAGGCAGCAUUGGUAUUCUAAACAGCCUUCUUGUCGCUAGAGAGGAACUUUUGGAAGACAGAUGGCCCUGUUACAUGCAGUGCUAUAGAGCAUUAGUCCGUUGUCUAUGCGAGAAGUCUAUAGAUGCGCCACCAGAUAGAACCAUAGAGGGGCGUAUUGCAGAAACCGCACACAAUAUUGAGAAGUUAACCCAAUCAAUAUCAAAGCGAAAAGUCCACAUAUCCCGCAUCGCCUCGUACACAGUUGCCGACAUAUGUUCUACGAUCGAGCGAACAGCGCCAUCUAGGAUUCUUCGACAGCAUAUAGAAAACUCUGUAUCUUUAUUGAUACAAGUAUCUGACACUACAUAUUCUGUGGCGUUUUUGCGCAGGGCAUUAGCCGGUACGCCCGGGCACAUGACCUUGACUAAUUUGUAUACUAUGUAUAAACGAUAUCAUAAGUAUACCGGUAACGCUUAGAUUUUUCGAAUACUUUACAAAAAGAUCUUUGUGACAACAGUAAAAGCUUUUGUCAAAAAUGAUAUUUUUGUAAAAAAAAGUUAUUCCUUUUUCAACGCUAACACAACAAAACGCGAGUGUAGACAAUUUCGCUACACGAGUCUUGUAACUGUGUCUUGAAUUUUACAUCAAUUAAGUAAUAGUUAAAGUUUGGUAUUACAAUUUAAAUAAAACUAUAAAAUCUAAAA